UUCAGUUCCAGCAUCCUGCCUAGCAAAGAAGCAAUUAGCCAAAAUGAUACCUGGAGGCUUAACUGAAGCCAAACCGGCCACUCCAGAAAUCCAGGAGAUUGCUAAUGAGGUUAAACCUCAGCUUGAAGAAAAAACAAACGAGACUUAUGAAGAAUUUGAAGCUGUAGAGUAUAAAACUCAAGUAGUUGCUGGAAUAAAUUACUACAUUAAGGUGCGAGUAGGUGAUAAUAGUUAUAUUCACAUGAAAGUAUUCAAAGGCCUUCCUCAACAAAAUUCUACUUUGACACUUACUGCUUACCAGACUGACAAAAGCAAGGACGAUGAGAUCACAGGCUUUUAGCAGCAUGUUCCCGAAGUGGUCUGAUGUUUUCCACUGGCUACUGAUUAAUGUUCCCUGCUAAUAAAUGUAACUAUCAAUAAAGAAGCAUUCCUUUUCAAAUAAAUUGAUUUCUACAA